AUGGGAGUAUACAUACCGCCUCCAAGUGAUAACAAUAACAAUGAUCGAGAUGAUUCAAAAGGUAAACAUUCGAAAAAAUCUACACCCAACAUUCCUACCAAUCCACUCACAUCUUCCCCCUCCUCCUCCUCAGACUCCACAACUAUAGUGAUACCCAACCCUAAAUCUCUUAUUCCUCACAACCCAAGUGUUGGAUUAAUUUGGGGUCCUCUUACCCCAUCAUCUGAUAACCGUCCAGCUUUGGCAGCAAUGGUUGGUUUACAAUUCUUACUAGGUGUGAGUUGUUUCAGAGGGGCUCGGAAUCAACUUAGGCACCGUCUUGUCGCAGUGCCCAAUAACCGUCCGCCACAAUCUGUUCGUAGUGGCUCCAUAUUUAAACUGGCAGUGUUUGUCGCAGUUGGUGCCACAUUGGUGUUUGGAAGCGGGUUGGAGAUUAGUCGAAUGAUCUUACCAUAUGACCCUUGGUAUGAAGAAGCACGACACUAUAGGAAAAUGGCAAUCAAGAAUGGCGAUAAACCAAGCUUAUGGUUUGGAGCUUACAGAUACUACCAACCAAUGACAUUACGGAAAUGGAGCGAACUAUUACAUAACUGGUUUGAGAAUGUUAGCCAAGAGUUGGAAGAGCCUGAUGGAUUUCGAAAUUUGUCUAUUGAACUUGGUGAAAAGAAUAAUGUGUUGAGUGUUGGUAAAAGUGGUCCCACUGGGGGAAUUUUGGAGAAAUUAAAUAACAGAGGCAAGUACAAUGAAAUUCAUGCAAAAUUAAAAGAUAACAACGACAAACGAUUUGACCACAUGUUGAGCAAUGAAUUAAAAGAUGUAAAUGAGUUGAAUAAAGCUGAGAGAUUGGAUUUAAUUUUGGAGGGAAAGAGUGAAUUGGUUAAUGAAAGUUUUUCCAAACCCAGCAUAACGUUAGGCUCACAUACCAUCGAUAACGACGACGACUUUGAAAUGGUGUGGCUCAAUUUUGAACCAUGGGAUGAGUUGAAAUUAGAGACUGACUAUGAUAUAAGGCUAAUCCCCAGGUACGCAUUGCCAGAAGAAGAAAGCAAUGAGGAUGAAUCAAAGAAUCAACCCGUCUCUGAAACAGCCGACAAAGUUAUAUAG